CUGCCUUAUCAUUUGCCAAUAAAGAAACACCGCAUGUGGCUCUCAGUAGGAGAAGAUUCUCCCUCCGUCUCAAAAUUAAAAAAAUGGCGAGUACGAAUCUCUCUCACCCUCUCCUCUGCUUCUAUUCUCUGCACCAAAAUCAAAUCUGCUUUUGCCAUCCAAACGCGCCAAAACUCUCUUUGCUUAGAAAAAUCAACUCUCAUUGCACCACGCGUUUUCUAUCUAUAAGAUCCAAAUCUUCUCCCCAAACGAACCCAACUCCAAAGGAAAAGAAUCCAAUAUCAGAAUCGAAUCCUGGCAUUCGUACCGAAAAACCCAAGAAUUCAGAUGCCAUUUUCGGUUCUUGGCUCGUCACAGCUCUCUCUCGCUUUCUCCGUCGGAUAAGGAAUGAGUUGAAGGAUGAUAAGCUUGGAUUGGAGAUACUGUCGAUUGCCUUGCCGGCAUUACUGGCUCUUGCUGCUGAUCCGAUCGCAUCAUUGGUCGACUCAGCAUUUGUUGGCCAUUUGGGAUCGGUUGAAUUGGCGGCAGUUGGUGUCUCAAUUUCAGUGUUUAAUUUGGUUUCAAAAUUAUUUAAUGUUCCCUUGCUCAACAUUACUACAUCCUUUGUUGCCGAAGAGCAGGCUUUGGUUGCUGAUGGAAAGAAUACUUCUCUCGGAAUGGGCACAGGUGAUAACAGCUGGGGUUCAGCAUCCGUACUUCAAUCUGUGGGUGAUAAAGAGCGGAAGAAGCUCCUUCCUGCUGUAUCAACUUCUUUAGCUUUGGCCGCUGGUAUUGGAAUUGCAGAAGCCAUUGCACUAUUCAUUGGCUCAGGAUCCUUAAUGAAUAUCAUGGGUAUACCUGUUGACUCACCAAUGCGUGUACCAGCUGAGCAGUUUCUUUCACUACGGGCUUUUGGUGCUCCACCGAUUGUAAUAGCACUCGCUGCACAAGGCAGCUUUCGUGGAUUUAUGGAUACAAAGACACCCUUCUAUGCUGUAGGUGCUGGCAACUUACUGAAUGUGAUAUUGGAUCCGAUCUUGAUCUUUCUAUUUGGUCUGGGCGUCAGCGGUGCUGCCAUCUCUACAGUGCUUUCCGAAUACGUGAUUGCAUUUAUCCUUCUUUGGAAGUUGAAUGAGAAAGUAACGCUAAUUCCUACAAAUAUUGCUGGGGAAGGAGUCCUCCGUUAUCUAAAAUCUGGUAGUCUUUUAAUUGCCAGAACCAUUGCAGUGCUUUUAACUAUGACAUUGGGCACGUCCAUGGCUGCACAACAGGGUCCCAUUCCUAUGGCUGGUCACCAAAUUUGCUUGCAAGUAUGGUUGGCAAUAUCCCUACUCACUGAUGCUUUAGCACUUGCUGGUCAGGCUCUUCUUGCCAGUGUCUACACUAAAGGGAAUUAUAAAGAAGCCCGUCGUGUGAUUUACAGGGUUCUUCAGAUAGGGGCAGUAACUGGAGUUGCUCUGGCUGUCCUCUUGUUCCUUGGAUUUGGGGCCUUUUCUAGCUUAUUUAGCACGGAUCCUGCUGUUUUGGAGAUUGCCUGCUCUGGGCUUUUGUUUGUUGCAGGAUCUCAGCCAAUGAAUGCCCUUGCUUUCGUAUUUGAUGGGCUCUACUAUGGUGUUUCAGACUUUGCAUUUGCUGCAUAUUCAAUGGUGUUGGCGGGACUGAUUUCUUCGGUGUUUCUAGUUGUGGCUGCUCCUGUAUUCGGUCUUGCUGGUGUAUGGACAGGGUUGUUUCUUUUCAUGACCUUGCGGGUAGUUGCUGGAUUUUGGAGGUUGGGUGCCAAAGAUGGACCGUGGAAAGUGGUGUGGUCGGAGGUAGAGACAGGGAUGGCUGAGAAAUGAUGGAGAUAUUCACAAGCAGUGCUACGCAUAUGUGCGGUUGUGGAUUAUGCAUGUGCUUGCACUUUGCACUGAUAGGUCUGUUUCAAGGAAGGUCCCACCAUAUCUGGGUCAUGGAAAGGCAGGCCCACAUGAACAGAAUGCUGGCCCAGACUGUAUUAUAUGAAAUGAGAACUACACAACCUAGACAUGCAUGAAUAUAUGAAUGCCUCCUGGUAUCUAUGGAUUGCAAUGUGUUAGGUGGAAGUUACCGGUAACUUGAGAGAGACCCCAAAUUGCGACUCAUGAACACAAGAUUGCUAGUUGGAUGCUGACAUAAAUGCUAUGGAUGCCCAUUUCGCUUUUUCCGUCCAAAGUUCUAGAUUGAAACUUGGGAGGAUCUAUUUUCAUGCCCUCUAUAUAGUACAUACAUUCAGAUCAGCACUGGAUACUGAAUUCUGAUGAUAAUCAGCUCGAGAUGCCUUAAGUACGAUGUGGGGUGGGCCAUUGGAGGACUGUGGAUGAUGUGGGUUUCCACUAUGCUAUGAUAUGCAUUGAGAGAAGAUGCACAGAAGGCCAGAUGGUUGUCGAAAAACAUCGCUAGUGUAUAUAUUAUGUGCUGUAUAUUUCCAAGAAAUUUAGUAAACUCGUUCAGCUCCCAUUUCUCUUCUUUUGUUGUAUAUCUUUCUCCUCAAGUCUUGUUGUGAUUCCCAGCGUCUGAUGAAUACUGAAAAUGAAUAUGGUCAGGAUGUUACUUCCUGUAUUUCAUAAUCAUGUGCAUGUUGGAAUUGAAGCAUGUUGGUCGGAUUGUAUCUAGAUUGAGUGAUGGCUUUUGUAAUUGAAGAAACGUACUACUACUGUUUGUUGUAAAGUACAAGUGUUUUUUAGUUCAGUUGA